GCGGACAAGCGGUUGCAUUCACUUGAACGACCAGUCGGGAAAAUAGAUAUCAGUCUGUUACGGAUGAAAUCUACAACUAGCAUCAGCGCAGCCGCAGUGCUGUUAGCUGCGCCCAGUGUUUAUGCUGGGCUCAUCAACUUCCCUCCUAUCCCGAAGGAUCUGACAACCCCGUUUCAGCAGCGAUUGGCAGCAUAUGGACCAUCCUCUGUUUCCGUGGGGUGGAAUACAUACGCGGCCCAGAGCUCGGGCUGCGUUCAGUAUGGAACAUCCCCUGACAAUCUCAACUUGAAAUCUUGCUCCACCAUUGGAUCGACCACGUACCAAAGCUCUCGCACGUAUUCUAAUGUUGUGAUCUUGUCGGGCUUAGCUCCAGCAACAACCUAUUACUACAAGAUCGUGUCCACAAACUCGACUGUCGGACACUUUCAGAGUCCCCGCCAGCCAGGAGACAAGACUCCAUUCAACCUCGACGUAGUAGUUGACUUGGGCGUCUAUGGUGCUGAUGGAUUCACUACCAGCAAAAGAGAUGACAUCCCGACCAUUCAGCCAGAGUUGAACCACUCUACUAUUGGCCGCCUCGCUACUACGGUGGAUGACUACGAGCUUGUUAUCCACCCCGGUGAUUUUGCUUACGCAGACGACUGGUUUGAGAAACCUCACAAUCUUCUCGAUGGCAAGGAUGCGUAUCAAGCUAUUCUCGAGCAAUUCUACGACCAACUAGCACCCAUCGCAGGAAGGAAGCUCUACAUGGCUAGCCCAGGUAACCAUGAAGCUGAUUGUACCGAAGUCCCAUUUACCUCUGGAUUGUGUCCCGAAGGUCAAAAGAACUUUACCGAUUUUUUGCACCGCUUUGGACAGACCAUGCCAAAAGCAUACACGUCUAGCUCGACCAACGCCACUGCGCAGUCAUUGGCCGCCAAGGCUAAGAGCUUGUCUAACCCUCCCUUCUGGUACUCAUUUGAGUAUGGUAUGGUCCAUAUCGCCAUGAUAGACACCGAAACGGACUUCCCCAAUGCUCCUGACGGUCAAGAUGGCUCAGCCGGUCUCGACGGUGGGCCCUUCGGCGCUACUCAUCAGCAACUGGACUUCCUGGCAGCUGACCUCGCCAGUGUUGACCGCAGCGUGACACCCUGGGUAAUUGUCGCCGGACAUCGACCAUGGUAUACGACCGGCGAUAGUUCAUCAGCCUGCUCAUCAUGUCAAGAUGCUUUCGAAGACUUGCUCUAUACCUAUGGCGUCGACGUUGGCGUCUUUGGACAUGUGCACAACUCUCAACGCUUUUUGCCUGUUUAUAAGGGUACCGCAGAUCCCAACGGUAUGACUGAUCCCAAGGCACCUAUGUAUAUCAUUGCCGGUGGUACUGGUAACAUUGAAGGGUUGUCCUCGGUUGGAUCUGUGCCGUCAUACAAUGCGUUUGUGUACGCGGAUGAUUACAGUUAUAGUACGAUGAAGUUCUUGGAUGAGCACAAUCUGCAGAUUGAUUUCAUUCGGUCUUCGACAGGUGAGAUUUUGGAUUCAAGUAUUUUGUACAAGAGUCAUUAAUCUUGUCUAUAUACCAAGUUGUGUAUAAUCUUC